AUGGAAUAUACCUUAAAGGUUUUGUGUUUUUUUUCUAUACUCUAUUCCGUUUUACAACUUUCCAAGUUGAUUCUUAAACGUAGAAACCAAUCAUGUUUCAUGUUAGCCUAUGAGUGUUUCAAACCAAAAGAAGAAACAAAACUCAACACAAACACAUGUGCCAAAAUAGUCCUAAGAAACAAAAACCUUGGUCUAGAGGAAUACAGAUUUCUCUUGAAAACCAUGGUUAGUUCAGGAAUCGGUGAAAACACUUACUGUCCAAGAAACGUUCUUGAAGGAAGAGAAGCAUCUCCAACUCUCAAAGACACGUAUGAAGAAAUAGAUGAAAUCAUGUUUGAUACACUCGACAGCCUUUUCGAAAGAACAUGUUUCUCUCCUUCAGAAAUAGAUAUUCUUGUUGUUAAUGUUUCAUUGUUUUCACCAAUACCUUCGCUCACAGCAAGAAUCAUAAACAGAUACAAAAUGAGACAAGAUGUAAAAGUCUUCAAUCUUGCAGGAAUGGGGUGUAGUGCAAGUGUUGUAGCUAUUGAUCUUGUGCAACAGCUUUUCAAAACAUAUGAAAAUUCCUUAGGAAUUGUUGUUAGCACAGAAGAUCUCGGUUCUCAUUGGUACUGUGGGAAAGAAAAAAAAAUGAUGUUAUCUAACUGUCUUUUUCGUUCAGGUGGUUGUUCUAUGCUAUUCACAAAUAAAACGGAGCUGAAACAUAAAGCUAUCUUGAAACUGAAACACAUGGAGAGAACACAGUACGGUGCUGAUGACGAAGCUUACAGUUGUUGCAUACAAGUGGAAGAUGAGGAAGGUUUUGCAGGUUUUCUACUAACCAAAAGUCUUGUUAAAUGUGCUGCACAAGCUUUGACAGUAAAUUUGCAGAGUAUGGUUCCAAAGAUUCUCCCACUUUGGGAACUGGUACGGUUUUUCACAGUUUCUCUACACAACAGUAUCAAGAAAAUUCAGUUGGAAAAUAUUUUUUCAGCAAUUUUUAGCCACGGCGCUAAAACGGUUAAAAAACCGAUAUUUAAUGUGUUAGGAGGUGGAAUAAACUUAAAAACUGGUAUAGAACAUUUUUGUGUUCAUCCAGGUGGUAGAGCAGUUGUUGAUGGAGUUGGCAAGGGCUUAAAAUUGAAUGAAUAUGAUCUUGAACCAGCUAGAAUGGCGCUUCAUCGUUGGGGUAAUACUUCUGCUGGUGGAUUAUGGUAUGUUUUAGGUUAUAUGGAAGCAAAAAAGAGACUUAAGAAAGGUGAUAGAAUUUUGAUGAUUAGUCUUGGAGCUGGUUUUAAGUGUAACAAUUGUGUUUGGGAAGUGAUGAAAGAUUUAUCUGAUACCAAUGUUUGGAAAGAUUCUAUUGAAACUUAUCCUCCACCUUCACUGAAUAAUCCUUUUAAGGAGAAGUAUGAUUGGAUUCAUGAUGAUUAUCUUGGCUUUGUGAGGUUAGAUACUAGCAGGAUGAAGAUUGAUUAA